AUGCAAGUAGAGGCCAGUCUACGGAACAUUGACACUUGGGCGACUGAUGGCGGCCGGACCAAGAUUAAUUGGUCGUACUCUCCUUUCAUUGCCCAUCUCCGGCCUCUCAGGCUGUUACAUAGAUGGACAGAGAGCAAUGUCGCUGCUUGUGAGUCCUCUAACUACUGGUGGAAUGAAGGCAAGUAUCAAAGGUUAAGCGGAUCUGAACAGAAAAUGUAUGAGCAUGUGAGGGAAAAGUACAUGAACUAUGACUAUUGUACUGAUCGCUCUAAGUUCCAAACUCCUCCUAGAGAAUGUUACUGA